AUGGCUCUCGCCCUUAAAGUCGCCCUUGUUGGCAUUAUCAUCCGCAUCUUCGGCGCCAUCUACCAGAAAACACUCAUCGGUAUCUACAUCUACAUUGCUGUAAUAGCAACGUUCUACUUCUCAACAAUGCUUCUUAAGAUAUUCAGCUGUAAGCCUAUCUCUGCUUACUGGCGUAAUGAGAAGGGUUUUUGCAUAUACCAGGGGACAAUUGUCAUGGCCGACGCCGUUAUGUCUGUUCUCACUGACGCUUUCAUCCUCCUACUACCCCUGACGCUGACAUGCACCCUACGACUGCCGCUCCGGAAGCGUUUACGUGUUGCUGGCUUGCUCUGUACGGGUGGUGUUGCCACGGCAUUUAGUUUGUACCGGCUGGUGCUCAUGCUCACGGAUGGCAGGUCCGAUAACCGGACUAUUCUCUUGGUCAAGGUGGUCUUUUCUGGCAACGCUGAAAUUGGCAUUGGUCUAAUAUGUGCAUGCCUCCCUGCCGUCAGCGCCAUCUUCGCCCGCUAUCUGCCAAGUACAGCAGCUAUUGGCAACGAAGUUGUAGUUUUAAGCUCGUUCGAUGUGGAUAUUACACAUUGGGGGGAAAGGACCGCGGACGCUGGGCCGGAUGUGGUCGUCGAAAGGUCUUCUAAUACUACAAACUAUCUAUGA